AAAGACACGUUACUGUACACCUAGACAAGAUUUUCCUGUUCAUUUAGACUCAAAAUUACUGUUCACUCUCCUCCCAUUAGUGCAUCCUCAGCGAUUGGGUCCAGCCGCCUUUGCUUAUUGGUUGGUUCCCUGCGUCUGGGUCCCGCCGUUGUUUGUGUGUGUGCCGCGUUGCCCUCAGCUGCACGUUCAUUCUCCCUUCAUCUUCUCCUUCCUUCGAGCAUUCCUGCUGAGAAUUAUACCUUCUUAUAAUGAUUAUUCCGGUCAUUCUGUACGUCUUUCAUUGCUUUUCUCUCUUGCCGUGUAUAUUUGUUCUUGCUUUUCUGAAUUCCGGCCAAUGAUGGCCGCUUUUUCCUUCUGCACAGCCUCAUGCAUUUGGGCCUCGGGGAGUGCGUUCCUCUUUGCGUUUGGCCUGGUAUCUGACACCCGCCGCUUCGGCGCCUCAAAAUUCUCUGCUUCUUUUUAUACUUCAUAUCCCUGGCGGUUUUUUAUUUUGCUCCAUGCUUAUCUCUUUGCGAGGGUGCUGUUUGCCCUAUCUUACGUUUCCGCCCAUUAUUGGACCGGAAACUGACAUGCACCGCCCUUGAGACUACUUUUCCUACCCCUCUUUUUUAUACUCUUCUGUGGCGCCGAAACUUCCUUUCUGUCGUUCUGGUCUGUUUCUUAAAAAAAAAUCGUUCCCACCCUCUUUGGUUCUCUCCGUCUCCCAAAACAUGGAAUUCACAUUGCUUUGUAACCUCGGAGAUCCGCGCAAUGCCGGGAUUUCUUUACGCCUCCGCUUGGUGCACGUGUGGUCGUCGAAGUCUCCGGGGGACAACAGGAUCUACAAUUACUGUACUCUUUGGACCAACGAAACGGGUAUGCUGAUUCAGGGCGUUUCGCCGACUUCAAUGGCUGCUGGGAUUCGUCGUAAUCUCUCGGUUGGUAUGAUAUACGUCAUAAAGUCCUUUGCCCUGAGCAAUCCGCCGAAUCAGUAUCGGUCGUGUUCUUUUGAUUUGGCUUUGGGCCUUUCGCAUUCGACUUCUUUCCUGCCCUGUGCUCUUCCUGCUGAGAGUUUCCCGGUUGAUGCUUACGAGUUUGUGGUUUUCUCCCAGUUAAGUAUUCGUGCCGGUAAUCAUCGUUACUUGACAGAUGUUGUUUGCCGACUCCAUUCGAUCAGUGGGAUAUCGCACAAGAUCACAAAUAACGGCCCCGCUGUCAAGCAAACGGUUAUUAUUGAGGAUGAAAGUGGAUCGAAGGUUUCGAUUACGCUCUGGGAUGAGUUUUCGGCGGUGUUGGAUCAUGUUGCUCUCACUCAGGCUGACUCUCUUGAAGGUGUGAUAUUGGCAUUUGGCGGCUUGCUGGUUAAUAAGUUGGGGGAUGAUUAUGUCCUGUCGAGUUCAGCCGCUACUCGCAUAGCAGUCAACCCUCCAGUACCUAAGGCUUAUUAUCUUGCAUCUAGGUUUGCUGAGAAACAUGAGACUGUUGCAUCAUUUCCAGUUGAGUUUGCUAUUGCUGCUGAUGCUACUGCUGCUGAUGCUACAGCUGAUGCAGAUCAUCGCACCAAGACUUUAGGACAGUUGUUGGCCUUAUCUAGGACGAAUUCCUCGCUGGUCGUCCCUCUUGAUGAUCCUACGCUGGUGGGUGAUUUGCUUAAGUUUUCUUCGCCACGUCUGUCGGCUUCUCCCUCUCUGGGUGCAGCAAGUAGCGUGGGAGGCCCAUCAGGUUCAUCGAGGGCUGCGAAGGGAAAGGAAAAGGUUUCAGAUUCUAUCCCCAUUGAAGCUCCAGCUGUGCCAUUUUACAUCGCUGACCAACAAGAUCUAAUUGAGAGCCCUGCGACCAGGAUUUUGUGGGAUCCUAUUCCUGCAAAUGUCGGAAGCGAGGACAUUGAUGCUGAGUCAUGGAUUCUCGGAGAUUCUCAGCUUUCAGUGAUGGGUGUACAAGUGGGGUCCAUCAUACCUGCUGCGACUGCGGCCGCGUCUUCUACAGUCCAAUCCAGCGCUCCAUCUGUCCAGUCUGCUACUUCGAUGGUUCCGAAGCGAUCAUCCAGGAUUGAUGAGUCAGUGAGUCCUCAAGAUGUUGGUCGUGAUUCAUCUAUGCCUGCUUCAAAGAUUCUGAAGCCAUCCCCCGAAUCAUCUCCUGGGAAGACCUUAGGUUCAACCGCCGCCUCGCCUUUGGCAUCGGUGGACUGAUCUAUGUUUGAUGGUGUCCCUGGAGUCAUAACCGUUUUAUAUUAGAUGGAGAUGUUGAUCUUUGUUUUGCAAGUUGUUCUCUUGGUUUGAACGAUCGUGGUUUAGCCCUUUUGGUUUCGGAUAUGUACUGGCUGUAUCUAUAUGGAUGUUAUCAGAGGAUGUAUUCCCUCUGUGCUUUUGCUUUAUGUUGUUCUGUAUAACUUUUGCGUGGUUGCUCACUGUAAUAUUGCUGCCAUGUUGUUUGAUCUUACCGGGUGCUAUAUAUAUAAUGUUAGUUCUACUUAUCGUUGGAUGAAUAGGCAAUUUCAAUUUUCAGCUUCGGUGAAUGCCAAUUCUUAGCGUUGUCGUGUUCCAGUUCUGCUGAGCUUUCGUUGAUUCUUCCUCUUAAAACCCAACAAACCUAUGUUUUAUUC